UCUUCUGAAUGAAUCUACCGUUUUGUUUCUCACUAAACACUCAUAAUCUCUUUAAGUUAUACGCUCAUUCCUAAUUUUUAUUUUUUUCAUUGUAGCCGUUUGUGAAACUUGGAAGAAUGACAACAAUGUCUGAUCUUCCAAGAGAUUUGGUAGAGAUACUCUCUAGGGUUCCAUUGACAUCUUUGAAUGCAGUGCGAUCAACUUGCAAAACGUGGAACGCUUUAUCCAAAACUCUGGUUUUUGGUAAAGCAGCAGCAGUAAAGAAGCAGCUUUUUAUGGGAUUCAUUAUGAUGGAUUAUAGGGUUUGCUCUAUGAAAUUCCAUCUCCAAAACGAGGGGGGAGACUUGGUUGUUCCAUGUAUAAAGCAAGUAGGUAUACUUAACCAAGUUGAGAUAUCUAAAGUCCUUCAAUGUGACGGCUUAUUGCUAUGCGUCACUAAGGAUAUCUCAAGUCUUGUGGUAUGGAAUCCCUAUUUGGGGCAAACUAGGUGGAUCCAACCCCGAAACAAUUUCGAAGAGUUAGACAAUUAUGCUCUCGGAUAUGACAAGAACCGUAAUCACAAAAUCUUGAGGGUUUUCUGUGUUUCAGAAAGCGGACUCGGAGUUUUUGGUUAUGAAAUCUACAGUUUGAGCUCUAAUUCAUGGAAGGUUUUUGAUGCCACUCCCGACUGGGAUAUACACUUUUUUGAACCCGUCGUGUCUUUGAAAGGAAAUACUUAUUUCUUGGCUCAAACGAAAACAAGAGGUAGAAGGGACAUUCUACUCCCUUGAUUUGGACAGCCGCUGCCUAUGCCGUUUGAAUCCUAUAAAACAGAUAGUUUUGUGUCUUUAUCUUGUGUCAGAGAAGAGCAUCUUGCCGUAUUACAUCAAGGCUGGAAAUUUAGUGACACAAUGGAGCUUAUUCACACAUUGGAGAUUUGGGUUACGAAUAAGAUUGAUCUCGGUUCAGUGUCGUGGACAAGGUUUUUGACAUCGACCUCUGGUUGUCGCGUUCAUCCUCUAGGUGGGAGUUUCUUCAUUGACGAGGAGAAGAAAGUUGCUGUGGUUUUCGACGUAGACGCCCAAUAUUAUGAGGUUAAGAACCAAACAGCCAACAUAAUUGGACAAGAUGGAUACUUCAAAUCUCUGAAUAUCGGAGAGGCUCCGAAUCUCGGAAAACUUGACAUGUUUGGAGAAAUAAUUCCCAAAUAUUGUCGCCCACUUGUGUGCUCUUCUUAUGUUCCAAGCUUAGCGCACCUGCAAAUCAACCAACCUCCUCUCACAAGGAAAGAAGUCGAUGAUUAUUAUUGAUCAGUUCCAUUUUCAAUAUAUAUUUGAAUCAUACUAUUUAAAAAAUGUAUCGUAUUAGGAGACUUUGAUUUACAAAGUUACA